AUGCGAACCCAACUUCGCUGGGGUUAUAACUUUAGCUUUGAUGCUCGACCCCAGGUCUUGCCGACACCAGCAUCGCCACAUAUACUGGUUGUUGGUGGAGGAGUCACCGGCUUGGUCACCGCAUGGGUGCUUCUCGAUCGAGGCUACCACGUCACCAUCGUCUCCAAGCAAUGGGCUACCUACACCUCGGAGCAGCGACUUACCUCCCAAAUCGCUGGCGCCCUGUGGGAAUACCCACCAGCAGUAUGUGGCCAGCACACUGACGAGCAGUCGUUGCUCAAGUCCAAGAAGUGGUGCAUGGUAGCCUACCGUAUCUGGGAGGCCGUUGCUGCAGACGCCGCUCUCUCUGUCGCUGCUGGAGUCAAGAUGCAGAGGUCUGUCUUCUUCUUUCCAGGCCCCAUAGAGGAUAAUCCGAAGCAGUCGCGGAAGCUAUGUGAGAUAUAUGAGAGUGGUGUUCAAGGCGUCCGACGCAAUCCUGGCCUUGCCGAAGAACUUGGUGUGGAAUCGAGAUGUGGUGCAGUCGAUGCUUACGAGCUCACAGCCCCUGCCAUCGACACAGACCAGAAUAUGGCCUGGCUCAUGCAGCUGGUGCAAAGGAAGGGAGCUCGCUUGGUAACCGAAUGUAUCGCCGGAGAUCUCCUACACCAAGAAAAGUCGCUCCUUGCCCGAUUCCACGCCCAUGCCAUCAUCAACGCAUCGGGCCUCGCGAGUAGAGAACUAGCCGCCGACCCCACCUGUUAUCCCCUCCGAGGCGCCCUACUAAGAUUCAUCAACGACGGUCAAGACUUCCCCAAGAUCGACACCGCCAUGUCGAUCGCCGCCGACGCCUCGUUGGACAACGAGAUCGUGUUCCUGGUUCCUCGAAGCCACAACAUCCUGGUAGUCGGCGGCAUUGCCCAGCCUGGUGAAGAGGAGCUGGAUCUGACGCUGGACUCUCCCGCUAUCCGGCGCAUGGAAGCCCGGUGCAAAUCCUUCCUCCCGUGCCUGAAGAACGCGCGCCUUGAUCCCGAAUACCCCCUGGCGCAAGGUCUCCGUCCGGGCCGGGACAAGAACAUCCGAGUCGAGCGAGAGAACCGACAACACGGCGCGGAACAGAGCCGGAUCUUUCACUCGUACGGACACGGUGGCUCGGGAUGGAGUCUCUCCUUUGGAUGCGCGGAAGAGGUGGCCGCUCUGGUCGACGAUAUGCUGGUCUCCGACCAGCACCAGCUGCCGGUCAGGAGUCGCCUGUGA